GCAGAGUGCGAUAGCGGUCUAUCUGCAGAGCGCCAGCAGUAGCCAGCAGGCAGUGGCCAGGGGCAGUAACAGCCAGUGGUCAGCAUGCUGCGCCUCGGGUUCUUGGGCGCCGGAAAGAUGGCGCAUGCGCUCGCCAACGGCUUCCUUGCAGCAGGUCUCACAAAAGCUGAUGCUAUUAUUGCCAGUUGUGAUCCAUCAGACAAUUCUUCUAUUGAAUCAUUCCAGAAACUUGGUGCAAAUGUGUUGUUCUGUAACUCAUCUGUCAUGAAGCAGUGCAAUGUGAUAUUUUUGGCAGUGAAACCAGUGGUGGUACCACUAGUUCUCAGUGACAUAAAACCUGUCAUUUCUGAAAAACAUUUAUUGCUCUCAAUAGCCAUGGGGAUUUCAAUAGAAGAAAUAGAGAUGACCCUACCCAAAGAUGUUCGUGUAAUCAGGGUGAUGCCUAAUACUCCAGCAACUGUUCGUUGUGCAGCAUCAGUAUUCUCUUGUGGAAGUGCAGUCAGACCUGAGGAUAUAAAUUUGACAAAAAAGUUGUUUGGCUCAAUUGGAACUUGUGAAGAGGUUCCUGAAACUUAUAUGGAUCCUAUUACUGCAUUAAGUGGGUCUGGUCCAGCAUAUGUGUAUGCAAUCAUGGAAGCAUUAUGUACAGGAGGUGUGAGGAUGGGCCUGCCAAGGGAAUUGGCCAGAAGGCUAGUGACACAAACUGUACUAGGUGCAGCCAAGACAGCAGUAGAGUCAAACCAACACUUAUCACAACUUUGUGAUGAUGUGACUUCCCCUGCAGGUUCCACUGCUGAGGCUCUUUAUUGGCUGGAACAGAGCAGACUACGAGCUGCACUAAUAGGAGCAGUUGAAGUGGCCACAAAGAGGUGUAAAGAAGUGAAUUUGAAGAGAUAAUUUUUAACCAUAAGUACCCACAGCACAGGACAUCACAUCACUACAAGAAGAACUAAAAUGCAUAAGAGCAUAAAAAACCACAAGAUUGAUUCUGUGUGUGUGUGUGUAUGUGUGCACACAGUAAAUGGAGAGAGAGAGAGAGAGAGAGAGAGAGAGAGAGAGAGAGAGAGAGAGAGAGAGAUAUGGAUUUGGGGGGCUGUAAAGGAGAGAAUAGGCUAGUUGCAUAUAUAGUCAAGUGCCAUAUAUAACAAAGAAGGAGCCAAGUAAUUUCUCAUGAA